AGGUACCUACCUUCCUGCCAGACGGAGAAAAGAUCUGUAAACCGGCUUCUUCAUCUCCCAGCAAGUGUUUGAUAACAACCUGCAGUAUCCGACUGUCGAAUUCAGCAUUUCUCAAAUUCAGCUGGAACGAUGGCGAGCGGAAAUGAAGUGCAAAGAGACACUGAGGAAGAGAAGCCUCAUCUGACUCAUUCUUUUGAGUGGAGUUACAAGACGAAAUCUAAAUAUACCUGUGAUCAAGCACAAACUAUUGAAGAUUGCCUGAAGAAAAGUCCAAAAUUCUGUACAGCUGCAGGAAAGCAGAAGGGCAAAGAGCUUGUUAUUGUAAAAAAUGCAAGAGCGAUCACUUCACACUUUCCAUGCAGAUUAAUUAAAGAUGAAUGUCUGACUCUGAAGUUUGUGAAAGCUGUAGAGACACCAGAGAAACCAGUGAGUGUCUCUUGCAACAAGAGACAAUCUAGCAAGCUUGUGAUGUUUCAUUUGUUGACGAGGGGAGGUGAAAAUAUUGUCAGAAUCCUGAAAAAUCGAGAACUACAAAAAGGCUUCCCGGAAAUUACUGUUUACGCAUACAAAGGGGAAAAAGUAAAGCAAGCUCUACAAAGAGAUGGUCGUUUUUACAGUAGUGUGUUCACUAAGAACUGUGUGCUCUCUAAUGCAAGCACUGAGGUAGAAAUAGAGAUGAGCAGUUUGGUCAACGAUCUGGAUAGUGAAACUUUUAGGAUCAAAUUGCUCGACAAGUCCAAUCCACCAACAAGUCAGUCUGGCAGUCUUGAUGACACUUAUGUGCUGCAGAGUGAAUCUCAGACAAGUGAAUCUGGUGGACAUGCGGAGCUUUCACAGCAGACUAACACAGUUAAGUCAGAGACUGACAACACAGUAGAAAAAAACAGAUCUCUGUGGAAAUAUGGCUCCAGGAAAACGACUACCUUUUUCAAAAAAGCUGCAAGUUGAUUUGUCUGCACAGUUUAACAUUUUGGUAAAAGGCAAGAAAGCUCAAGUUCCUAAGCUUUCUCGCAUCCAGAAUAUUUUCCGUCAGGAUUUUGGGAGCAGUGCUAAAAGAUGUCAAGAUGUGAAAACAAUGAAGAAGCUCA